CCAAAUUUUAUGGUCUGUAAAAAGGAAAAUACCACAAGGAGAAACAGAAUCUACUAAUGAAAGUGGUAAGGUCAGGUUGAAAACCAUGCCAGAUUUUUUCAACCUGAAUUCACCUGAAUCCCCCAGAAUUCACACCCAGAUCAGAAUUCUGAUUCAAAAUUGAACUAAAUUUAGCUGAAGAAAAUAGAAUCAAAUGGCAUUCAAGAGAUUUACUGAAUACCUGCUCUGUACUAGUUAUUAGAUCACUUAUUAAUCAUAGUUGAACUAUAAAAUGUGGGUCACUGAAAUCGAAGUAUCCUGGAUUAAAGAGUUAAAUGAAAACGGAGUGCUCCAGGCGGCGACGGGGCCGAGUUCACCAGCGGCCGGGGCAGUAGUCAAAGGCCCAGCACGUCCUGGGUGCCGGCAUGUCCUGGGUGCCCUGGUGCGGGCAGUGAACGCGCGCCGGGCGGCACGGGCCCACGCCGGGCGUGAGAACUGUACCGGGCUCCAUUCCCGUUGUACGCGCUUCAGGUCGACCCCAGCACUGGGCUGCUCAUCGCUGCGGGCAGAGGAGGCGCCGCCAAGGCAGCCAUAAAGAAUGGCGUGCACUUUCUGCAGCUAGAGCGGAUUAAUGGGCGCUUGAGUGCCUCCUUGCUGCACUCCCAUGACACAGAGACACGGGUCACCAUGAACUUGCCACUGACUGGUGACAUCCUUGCUGCAGGGCAGGAUGCCCACUGUCAGCUCCUGCGCUUCCAGGCCCAUCAACAGAAGGGCAACAAGGCAGAGAAGGCAGGUUCCAAGGAGCAGGGGCCUCGACAAAGGGAGGGAGCAGCCCCAGCAGAGAAGAAAUGUGGCGCGGAAACUCAGCACGAGGGGCUAGAACUCAGGGUAGAGAAUUUGCAGGCAGUGCAGACAGACUUCAGCUCUGAUCCACUGCAGAAAGUUGUGUGCUUCAACCACGAUAAUACCCUGCUUGCCACUGGAGGGACAGAUGGCUAUGUUCGUGUCUGGAAGGUACCAGGGCUGGAGAAGGUUCUGGAGUUCAAAGCCCACGAAGGGGAGAUUGAAGACCUGGCUUUAGGGCCUGAUGUCAAGUUGGUAACCGUGGGACAGGACCUUAAGGCCUCUGUGUGGCAGAAGGAUCAGCUGGUGACACAGCUGCACUGGCAAGAGAAUGGAUCCACCUUUUCCAGCACACCUUACCAUUAUCAGGCCUGCAGGUUUGGGCAGGUUCCAGACCAGCCUGCUGGGCUGUGACUCUUCACAGUGCAAAUUCCUCACAAGCGCCUGCGCCAGCCCGCUCCCUGCUACCUCACAGCCUGGGAUGGCUCCAACUUCUUGCCCCUUCGCACCAAGUCCUGUGGCCAUGAAGUCAUCUCCUGCCUCAAUGUCAGUGAGUCUGGCACCUUCCUAGGCCUGGGCACGGUCACUGGCUCUGUUGCCAUCUACAUAGCUUUCUCUCUCCAGUGCCUCUACUACGUGAGGGAGGCCCAUGGCAUUGUGGUGACAGAUGUGGCCUUUCUACCUGAGAAGGGUCGUGGUCCAGAGCUCCUUGGGUCCCAUGAAACUGCCCGGUUCUCUGUGGCUGUGGACAGUCAUUGCCAGCUGCAUCUGUUGCCUUCAUUGCAGAGUCUUCCUGUGUGGCUCCUGCUCCUGCUGUGUGUCGGGCUUAUUGUUGUGACCAUCCUGCUGCUCCAGAGUGUCUUUCCAGGUUUUCUUUAGCUUCCCUGCUUCCUGGGAAUCAGGAGCCUGGACACUGCCAUCUCUAGAGCAGAGUGGAGGCCUGGACUCCCUUUGUUCACUCCAUUCGGGUCCACAGCUGAGGUUACCUCUGAUAAGAUGAAUGGGCACUGCCUGCCCUUCUAGUGAAAAGGCUUGGUUGUGGCCCUCCGUGACUCUGGGUGCCAGGAACCCUGCCUUCAUCAUCUGUGGAUCCAACCAGAACAGCGGUGUCUGAAGCCCAGGCCAUACUCCCUGCCUCCUGCCUUCUGUCUACUAGAGGCUUGAGAGUUGAGUUUGUCCUUUCUCUAGAAACAUGUGAAGAUGCCCAAGAGCCUGGAGGCACUGCUGUCCUUCCUGCAGAAACAGUUUCUCCUCCUCCCCUCACAGCCUUGUGGCCAGUUCCUCUUCACAUGAAGCCCCUGGCAUUUGCUGGGGAAGGGACUGCCCCAGUACUUGCUGUUAGGGCAGGAAGGGGCAAAAGGAAGACUUGGGUGGUAAUCUGGGGAUUCAGAUGGGUAGCACUAAGCCAGCCGGCCUAAAGAUGCAAUAAGUUCCUAGAUAGUCUACCCUAACCUUGAGGAAAGGGAAAAUGAACCUCAGCCCACUAGGCAGGAAAAGUUGAUAUUUAACAAACAAGGAAAGACUGAACUGAGACCCCCCUCCCCAAAAAAAGAGUUAAAUGAAAGAAUACACACGGAAAAUAAAAACACUCAAUUAGGGGAUAGAAACAUAGAAGCCCAACUUCAAUAAUGUUGUUAAAUGUUUCUAAUAGAAUCUGUUGGUUCUGUUUAUAAUAUGAUUUUCACAGGUGGAAAAGGGUGGGGUUAGUGGAGAGAAUGUAAACAAUCCCUUGAAAUUGUCUGAAAACUCAUGUUUUCUUUUUCAAGGGACAGACUCACAUUAUUCUUCUCCAACCUGGAAUUCCCAAUAAACACUAUUAAAUAGUAUAAAAUAUCUUACAAAUUGACAUUAAUUUAUGAUAUUUGGUAUUGUGUCCCAAUAACUGAACUUUCGUAUAUCUGAAGGUCAAGUUUUGACUCUUAACUCUUCAUGGAAGAAUGCAAAAACAAUUUUACAACUUAGACAACCAAGCCAAUUUUAAGUGUCAUUAUUAUACAUAUUAUUGUUACACUAUAAUAAAUGUAAUUUAGAAGUACGAGGUCUUGUACUGAAUUCGCAAAAUAAGCUGUUUUUAUCACAAUAAAAUCAGUUUUAUAGUUGAUGUGAUAAAAUUAGCUCAAUCUCACAAGACACAAAUAAUGUAUAUAAUGAUGAGGAAAAAAAAUCAGUAAAUCCCAAAUAAAAGUCGCCUCAUAGAA